UCAGUAAUUGGCGCUUUUCCGCAGUUUGGAAGAAAACAAAGGAGAAGGUGUAAGAAAAUUCAAGCGUCUCCAAGCGCUUGAAGUAUAUUUAAUUAUAAAUUCCAUCAUUUUGCUAAACUACUGCUGCAGAGCUCAGUUUAAAAAAAAUCCUUUGAUUAGGACUAACUAAAAACACCCAUCAAAAUGACGACGGAAACAACUCCUCAGCAGCAGCAGCAACAACAACAAAUUCGCAUUGCGCUGUCGGAAAUUCCUAGCCGCCUGGAAGCGCUGCGUUUUGCCAGCGGAGGCGCUACAACGCCUACAGCUACACCAAAUCGGCGCAGUCCCAAUGAGCCAACGCCAGCAACAAUAUUUAACACACCACAUCUUCUGGACAAUACUACAAAUGUAGCACUCUCUCAGGAUAACAUCUUAUCGCCAAUGCCAUCACCCGAUGAAAUGAUAAUACGUCAACGUGGUCGACGUCGCUUUAACAAUGGUUUAUCACCGGAUGUAGGGAAUACGCCACUACGUAUGCCCUUCCAGCGUACACCAACAAAAGUACCACUUAGCACCAGCAUGAUAUUGCGCAGUUCACCGCGUAAGCGUCUCACAAUGGGUAGUACACCACCAGCGCCUGAACCACCAGUGAUGCCUUCACCAACGAAAGCAAAACAGCAAUUAUGGCCAACGGGUACACCGAUGGCGAAGAAAUUGAGACUUGGCGGUGAGGAUGGUAACUGUGGUAAACCAAUUGCACAAACGAAUGAAGAAACACCGCUGCCAGUGCUGUUGCAAGGCAUGUCGCAACAACAACUUAUUGAUCUAAUUGUGGGAGAAUUAGUUGCGGGUGAUACUAAAACUGAGGAGCAAUUGCGCACACGUCUGCCAAUGCCGGAUAUAAACCCACUAGAAGAAGAGUUAUUGCAUGCCAAACGUCAAAUAUUUCGCUCACUACCAACAUCACGGCUUUGCAAGAAAACCGACAGCAGCGCUUAUUCUCGUGCGGCGCUACAUCUCAGCGAAUUUAAGCGUUUGCUUAAUACACAAACAAAACAAUUAUAUGACUCAGGGAAUUGGGACGCAUUGCUGGACUAUGUGACCAUGGCUUGGCCAAUUGUACGCGCCACACCGCACUGGGAUAGCGCUACGCAUAAUGUAACCCGUCGUCAAUGCUUCAAACUGCUGGCAUGCCAUUGCAUAGCUGCGUUGAAAAACGGUGGCCAACGUUUGGGUAUGGCGCGUCUACACGAAGCCGAACGUAACUUGCGCGAAUGGACGCGUGACUACGAAGAUGUGCAAUCGUGUUUGAGCGCAUUGAACAAAGCGAUUGCCAAAGGACGCGCAACGCUCUAGUAUAUUCCUAAUCAGUUUAGCAUUUGUAGUUUUAGAAUUUUAAUACGAAAGACUUAGCGCAUGAUUUUUAAUAACUAUAUAUAUAUAUAGUAGUGUUGAAGACUUGCACGUUUUAGAAUUUUAGCAUUUUAAAGUUGCCAUUUAUUGCAUAUAUUAAAAAAAACAGCUGGUUAUAGCGAUUUAUUGUGAUCAUAAAGACAAGUGACAAAUACAAUCACACAUUUAACAAAAAAUCCAAAUUUAUACAUACACACACAGUAACUUUUAUGAAUUUAAGACCAUGUAUUGUUUUUACAUAUUCUAGUUUAAUUCGGUAAUUGCAUUAUUGUAUAUAUUUGUAACAGCAUUCAUAUAAACGCGCGCCAGUCUAAUAUAUGUUUUUUAAUAAUUGUUUGUACAACUUGUACAACUUUUCAAAAUAUUUUCACACAACAUUUGUAAUUAAUAAAAAACCAAUUGUAUAUUUCAUUAUUGUUGUGUGCGCUCUAUACUCAAAAUUAUACUAAAAUUGCACGCUUAGUCAUUUGUUAACGCAUUUUAACGUUUGUUAGCAGCCAUAACACAUGCCGGUGGUACAUUAAGCUUAAGCAAGUUUAGCAAUUGUUUAUUUACGCCUAUAUUCGGUAUUAUUAUUAUUAUUAUUAUUAUUAUUAGUAAUUUCAUAUUUUUAAGUUUAAAAAUUUGCAAUAACUCCAUGUUAGGUCUCUAGUAAGUAACGUAUGUGUACUAAACUCGUAUAUGCUGGUAUACCAUAACAGUUAUCUCUUCCCCGCAAAUCAUGUCAUACUGUUAUUUUUAAUAUGCUUUCACUUAGUGUUAAGAUUUUUAUUCAGAGUUUUUAUCAAUAUGAAUAUAAUAAAGUAUGUACAUUUUUACAAGCUGAAAA